UCCUAAUACUUGGCACUUGCUGGUGGUUUCCUCAAGGUGGAGCUAUUUGUAUUGUGAUCUCCUUACAAACCCGCCGGUCAGCCCGGAGUGCGGCGGUCACUUCUCACAGGGGAAAUGUCUUACAUAUUUGCAGAUUCUUCACUGGCUGCUGAAAUACCUUUAUUCCUGGUGGGACCGCAGUGUGACUGUCACAUCCCAUUAAUCCGUCUUCGUUUAAGGGGGGCCCCGAGGAGCUGCUGUGGACCCUCCCCGGCUAAUGUCUGCAGUGCACAGAUGGAGUAACAAUGGAAAGUCUUUUAGACGAUGAUCAAGGACCGGAACAGGAGGCCUCCAGCUCACAGAGAACGUUGACGUCUACAUGCAGAAGAACAAAAGAGACAGACCAAAGUGGCCUCAGUUAUGAGACAGCUAUGGAAUUGGACUCUGAUUUACAGGAUAAUUUGCAGCCGCCUGCUCUGGAAAUGCUGACUAGUGAAAUCGUAAAUCCUGGGACACAAGCCAGUGUAUCUAGCUGCCAUAAAGUAUUGAGUCAAGGAUCACCUGACGUGUCACCAUCCAACAAUAACACACAAGAAAUAUGUAAUGCCACCUUACUAGGUGGACUGGAGCCAUCUCAUGCUGUGGUAGAGCCAGCUACAGAGGACAGACAUAUAAAGAGUGAAAUGAGAAAUCUUCAAGAUGGAAAUGAAACUGAGACAUCUAGUGAUGAAACCGAUGAGUGGGAGACGGCCAGUGAGGAGAGUGUUGAACUUAACCCAGAGCCUCAUGAUAAACAAAGGGUGAAAGAGGACACUGGUCCAUAUGGUCAAAAGAAACACAAUGAAGAUGCCGGACCUUAUGGUCCGAAAACUACCAGUGAGGACACUGGGCUUUAUAGUCAUGAGACAUUGACUGAGGACACUGGGCCUCAUGAUAAAAAAGCAGUCAAUGAGGAGGCUGGGCCUCAUGGUCAAGAGAAAGUGUCUGAUGGUCAUAAGACAAAGAGUGAGGAGGCUGGGCCUCAUGAUAAAAAAACAGUUGAUGAGGAGGCUGGGCCUUGUUGUAAUGAGAAAAUGGGUGAAGACACUGGUUCUCAUGGUCAUGAGACAGUCAGUGAGGACACUGAGGUGAAUGAGCAAGAAAGAAUGAGUGAGGGUUUGGGGCCUCAUGGUCAGGAGAAACACACUGGAGAUGCCGGACUUCAUAGUCAGGAAAUGCUGAAUGAGGAGACUGGGCUUUAUGGUCUAGAGACAUUGAGUGUAAAUGAUGAGCCUUUUGGUCAUGAGAUGUUAAAGGAGGAUGCUGAGCUUAAUGAUCAGGAGACAGUAAGUGAGGAGGAUAGGCCUCAUGGUCAUGACAUAGCCGGUAAAGACGUUCACUCUCACAGUCCUGACACUAUUAGUGAAGAAACUCUGCCUCAUAGUCCUGAGACAGUCAGUGAGGAGGCUGAGCCACAUAAGGAUAAGACAGUCGGUGAGGAGGCAGAGCCACAUAGGGAUGAGACAGGCGUUGAGGAGGCUGAGCCACAUAGGGAUGAGACAGGCGUUGAGGAGGCUGAGCCACAUAGGGAUGAGACAGGUGUUGAGGAGGCUGAUCCACAUAGAGAUGAGACAAUCUGUGAGGAGGCUGAGCCGCAUAGGGAUGAGACAGGUGUUGAGGAAGCUGAGCCACAUUGGGAUGAGACAAUCUGUGAGGAGGCUGAGCCACAUAGGGAUGAGACAGUCGAUGAGGAGGCUGAUCCACAUAGGGAUGAGACAGUCAAUGAGGUGGCUGAGCAACAUAGGGAUGAGACAGUCGGUGAGGAGGCUGAGCCACAUAGGGAUGAGACAGUCAAUGAGGUGGCUGAGCCACAUAGGGAUGAGACAAUCGGUGAGGAGACUGAACCACAUAGGGAUGAGUCAGUCAGUGAGGAGGCUGAGGCAAAUAGGGAUGAGACAGUCGGUGAGGAGGCAGAGUCACACAGUGAAGAGGCUGGGCCUCAUGGUCAUGAGACAGCCAGCAUAAAGUCCAGUCCUCUCAGUCUGGAGACAGUAAAUGAAGUAGAUGAUCUUAAUGACCUGGAACCAGUCAGGGAGGAGAUUUUGCUUUUUGAAUUACAGCAGUCCAGUAAAGAGGCUGAUCCCCUUAGUCAUGGAGACAUUGAGACAGAUAACAGGGAGGACACACUUCACAGUCCAGCAACUUAUCAUGAUAAUACUAGAUCUUGUCAUCAGGAGAAAGUCAAUGCAGAGGCUGGGCCUCAUGAUAGGGAGAUGGUCAGUCAGGAAACAGGAUCUUAUGAUGAGGAAAAAACUAGACCUCCAGUUCAUGAAACCAUCGGUAACCUGACUGGGUAUCUCAUGGAGGAGAUAGCCACUGAGUUGGUGAGGGCUUUAGGCAAUGAGGUAGUUGGUGACAUGGCUAGGCCUCAUAGUAAUAAUGCAGAUAUACAGAUACAGGACAAUGAGAAAGUCAGUGGGAGGAAGAAUGAGGAGUGUGAUGAAGACCAGGCAUUGAAUGACAUAAUAGUAACUGUGAAUGAAGAAACCACAGAUGAUGAUAAAGAAACCUUUAGUACAGAGCGACAAGAUAUAAAUCAAAUGAGCAAUAGUGAGGAUAUAUUAAAAAUGGCAGGAGUUGAGAUCGACAUUGACUCUCGGCGGGAUGGAAAUGUCAGUGAAGAGUCUUUCAGUGAUGGAAAUGAUGGAACACAUGGAUGCUAUUCAGAGGGAGUCUGUCCUGAGAUGCAGGGCAUCUAUGAUACUGCUGGUAAAAAUGCUUUACAGGAGACAUCUGAACCUAAGGAUACAAAGGGUGGGGACAUAAACACCGGCAUUGUCGAGAUAUCUGAAGGGAUGGAUGAAGUCCAGCAAAAGAAAAGAAUCAAUACUGAACCAUCCACUGAAGAAAAGGAAAUGGCAAAAGAACAAGCUCAGGUUAUAUCCAGUGGAGACUGUGAACACCAUGAGGAGUUGUCCAAAGAUUCAAGGGUCCUUGAUGAAAGUGCCAUCGAUGAAGAGCUAAACAGCCAUGAUACGAAGCAGAAGUGUGAUUCACCAGAAACAUCCAACGAACCUGAGUUAACUAAGGAUAUAGAGAUUGCCUACCUAGAAUAUGAGGCACUGGAAGAGAAGCCACAUAGUAUUAAGACUCUUGUAGGGACUGGUGAAGGACCCUUUGAAGUUCUUCCAAACACACUGAAUCAAGAAACUGUACUUGAGUUGCAGUAUAAUACAAUAGUUACUACUGAUGCGAAAUCCUAUAUGGGUUGUGCAAUAGAUCUAGACGCCCAACUGAAUGUUAGUGGUCCAAAACUGAGGGAAGAAACUGGGGAAGGAGACUAUGCCAAUACUUUGAGCGAUACUAAAACAAAGUCUAUUGAGCCUGAAUAUGUAAGACCUACAGAAACCCAAAAUGAACUUUAUAAUAACCUAGGACCUAGCUACAAUGCAGAACCAGAGGUCCAAGUAGUAACUUUUGAUGGCCAAGAUAUCAACGGAUCAUAUUUGCAGCUAACGGGAUCACUUACAGAAAAAAGCACAUACUCAAUGGUUGACUCAAGCAUUGGCUUACAGAAUCAGGACUUAGGUGAUCUAGAACCCCAUUGGGAAGAUGUCACAACUGUGGAAAUGUUGGACCCUUACAGCAGCCAAGGUUUUUCACAGGUGGAUCAAAGCACUAGUGUUCCUCCAGAUGAGCGUGACCAUUAUAAAUUAAACUUUUUUCCCAUAAAACUUAAAGAUGUUGGGUUUGUACCUGAAGAUCUACCUGGACUUAGUUUAAAAAGUAAAGUUAAUCAUUUAUUACCAGAAAGUAUAAACACAGAAGUACCCACACAAGUACCUCUACAAGAGUCGGUCACAGUGUCUGUCCACCAAGAAAGUAUUUUGGGUGAUAACUAUUCUGUGUUUGACAUUAAGCAAGACACAAUGUGUCCUGGUUCAGAAACUGCUGAAACCUCCCCUACAGUCUCGGAAAAUACAAAAUUAAUAAAAAGGCAGCGGAGUAACACCGAUCCUUACCCGAUUCGUGACCAAGACGAAAAGCUACAGGACAUCUCCAAUACUGAAAGUUUUUCAAGGGGUAGAUUGAGAAGUUUAACUCCUCCUUGUGACAAAUUUACCACUUCUUAUCCUUCUGCACCCCAAACUGUGGAACAAUCCACCACCUCUGUCUUGUAUAAAACACCGGAUGAAAACAAAAGUUCACAUAGGGAAAAAGAUACAUCAGCAAAGACAUAUAAUUUCUACCCUACACAGAUAUUUAAUCCCAUGCUUCUGCUAGGCCACUCCAUGGAAGAAUCUGGGUUCUACCAGGAAAAGCCUUUUAGAGAGCACAACACAGAGAAUGCAGGUGGAGGACAAUUUCAGACACAACGAAAGGAUAAUCAGGUCCCUUUGCACACCCAGGACCGCAAAAGUGUUGUUAAAGAACCUAAACCAUCCUUUAAAUCUACUGAGGAAUCAAAUAAUACCAAACCAAUGACUGCUCCUUCGGUUGCCCCCGUGUGGCUUCCUCCUCAUCCAACACGUUAUGGAGGGAGCUCUGAGAGGGUAAAUGAAAUUAGAUCUAUGAAACCAUCAGAGAAUCCACUGGUUAGACGAGCCACCAUUAGGCACAAAAAGAGCAAUGUUGGGGUCAAACCAACGACUAAGAGGUUCAGUAACCCAAGCCUACCUGCCAUCCCUCAGAAAGAUUACUCAAUGGCACCAAAGACAAGCAGCUUGCCCAGGGUUCAACCAAUGAAUGUCAACAGGAUCCAAAUUUCCUCCAAAAAUAGAAAUUUACCUCACCAGCAAAAGAUUUCAGAAGAACCUGGUCAAUCAAGACUUUCACCUUCAAUGGAAACACUACGAGAGGAAGGAUAUCAUACAGUAAAAGAGAAGCCGUCCAAUAGUCCUGAAUCCGUACUGCUAAGAGGGAGCCGCAGCAAGAACAAACCACCUUCCUCAGACUCAUCGCAGAGCAUCCACCGACGUUACUCCACAUUCAUAAACUCUUCCAACCUUCUGUAUCAGGAAUACAGUGAUGUGGCCCUUAACCAGGAGAUUCAGAGGCAGAAGCCGGGUGAUUCCCCCGCAGAAGAGAGUCAGCCCAGCUCUCCGAGAGUGCGGAGGAGGAUCCUAUCGUCCCAGGACUCCUACCUGCAGCGUCUGUCCAUCUCCUCGGCUGACUCCCUAUGGCAGGACAUUCCCAAAAUCCGGGACAGUGUGACCUUCCUGUCCAUGACCAGAGAGGAGCAGAAGCUACAGGAGGCUAAAUUCGAGCUCAUUAUGUCGGAGGCGCUCUACUUGCGCAGUCUCAACAUCGCGGUGGAUCAUUUUCAGCGCAGCACAGAAUUGCAGGAAGUUCUGAGCGCUCAGGAUCGGCAAUGGCUGUUUUCCCGUCUGUCUGAGGUUCGGGACGCCAGCGCAGAUUUCCUUUUUGACCUGGAAGAAGAAUUUGAGAGCAACAUCUACAACUUCCAAGUGUGCGAUGUGGUGAUGAACCAUGAGCCCAACUUCCGCAGGGUCUACUUACCGUAUGUCACCAACCAGAGUUAUCAGGACAGGACCUACCAAACGCUGAUGAAUGGUAACCCGCGUUUUCAGCAAGUUUUGGCCAAGCUGGAGAGCGACCCUGUGUGCCAAAGGCUGAGCCUCAAAUCUUUCCUCAUCCUUCCCUUCCAGAGGAUAACUCGGCUGCGGCUGCUCCUACAAAAUAUUCUGAAGCGUUCAGCCCCAGGGUCUACUGAGGAGUUGCAAGCCACAGAGGCCCACAAUGCACUGGAGAAGCUGAUACGAGACUGUAAUGAGAGUGUCCAGAGGAUGAAGGACACCGAGGAGCUGAUUCUGCUCAACCAGAAGAUCCAGUUUGAGUGUAAGAUCUUUCCCCUCAUUUCCCAGUCUCGGCGUCUUGUCAAACACGGAGAGGUUACGUCUUUAGAGUUCAAUUCCAUGAGCUUCAAAUGGAAAGUCACCACUCGGCCCGUCUACCUGCACCUCUUCAAUGACUGUCUGCUGCUGUCUCGCGUCAGAGAGGGAGGACGUUUUGUCGUAUUUGAUCACUCGUCAGACUUUCGAGUAGAACGAUGUGAAAUUAAACUUCACACCAACCAGAAGAACAUUUUCCGCGUCUUCCUACGGGAUUCUGCCGCUAUGGGGCGAGAGUCUUCUCAGGACGUAAGGGAGACGGAGUACAUCUUCAGGACGGAGACGCAGAGUCAGAAGCUGAGAUGGAUUUGUGCACUGUCUCCCCGAAAACAAGGGACAGACUUCUUCAGAGAUCAUGGUCUCUCCCAGAUGCAAUGUUUAAAGUCGUAUAAAGCGCGAGAAAACGACGAGCUGUCCCUGGAGAAAGCGGAUAUUCUCAUGAUAACUCAGAACAGCGAUGACGGAUGGCUGCACGGCAUCCGCCUCUCAGAUCAGCAGUCUGGUUGGUUCCCACACGCUAACGUUCAAACCAUCAGCCGCAACGCCUGUCUGCGCAACCUGCAAGAAGAACAAAGAUUACAGGCUGUUCGAGCCAAGCUUCAGCCCACGGGGAACCAAGGGACAGCAACCGAGCAAUAAAUGGCAACCUGCCUGCCUGAUGUACUCGCUCUCUCAAGCUUAUCUGCUGUUCGGUACUCCGGUGCCACCUAUGCCCAUUCACUUCUGUGUAGUCUCAUCUAUUUUUGUAAACUAAAGGGGGGGGGGGGGUCUUGACCUGCAGUAUCCAGUCACCAGUAAUGUGUGCCCUAAUGCUAUAAGGGGGACUCAAUCCAACAUGAUGCUCAAAAGUUGCAGCAAGACAGUGGCACUUCAAGACAAGCAUAAUAGUUGCAACACAAGUCCGCCAUCUAGCCCAGGCAGAAUUUGUUUUAAAAAAAAAUAAAAAAAUAAAAAGGGGAAAGUUCGGAACCGUCCCCUUAUAUGAUAUAAAUGUAAAAUAAAAAUAUUCUGAGAAAAAGAAAAAUUUCAAAUGUAAAAAAUUUUUCUCGGAAUCCUCUCUUCUGCCAGUUGUUGUUUUUUUUUUUUUUUUGUUUUUUUU